CAUUCGAAAAUGUUGAAACUGAUACUCAUAUCUUGCUGCAUCCACGUUUUCUUAUUGAUAGCUGUCUUCAACACCUUCUUCAGAAGCAUCAUUGAAAGUGAUCUUCCAUCGAUCAGGACGACCAAGAAUCCACCAGCUAAGCGAAUUCUGCUCAUUAUUGUAGAUGGUCUUGGAGCGGAAGCGAUUCUAGAUGAAAACGAGUACCUGGCUCCAUUCCUGACAUCCAUCAGACGAGGAGUCGGUUCUUGGGGUGUUUCCUACGGUGACGCACCUACGGAAUCCAGAAUUGGCCAUACUGCUGUCAUUGGGGGUUUUCGUGAAGAUCCCAGGGCUAUUUUGAAUGCCUGGGGUCACUACCCCGUAAAAUAUGACACUGUUUUCGAGCAUAGCUCGAACACUUGGUGUAUAGCUGUUACUCCAACGGUUGCAUACAUCUUCAAUAAAUACAAAAACGAAAAUGUGCGGGUUUAUGCAUACAAUGAUACCUGCCAAGUGUGGAACGAUGACGUAUGGAGUAUCAACAAAUUCCGAUCCAUUUUGAAUGAUGAGAGUUUCCAAGAAGACUUCUCGAAACCCGGAAACAUAUUUGCUGUACUCCUACCACGUGUGGACUGGGUAGCUCAUCAUGAGUAUGGGAAAUAUUCUGAAGAAAUUUCAGUUGUUGAUGCUCGUAUCAAAAACAUAACUGAAAGAUUCCAAGAGAUGUUUCCAGACAAUGAAACCACUUACAUGGUCACAUCAGACCAUGGUGCGAGAAUAGGAGGUGGACAUGGAACUGAUACACCAGAAGAGAUAACUUCCCCAUUCAUUUGUUGGGGAGCCGGUGUAUACAGAGACAUAAACAGAAAAGAUUUGAAAAAUAUCGAUAUAGCACCCCUCAUAUCCGUAUUAUUAGGCAUAAACUUUCCCACAAAUUCAAGAGGAAUAGUACCGGUGAAUUAUCUCGAUAUUUCCGAUCAACAAAAAUAUCAAGUGGUUCUGAAGAAUCUCCAUCAAAUCUUCAAUAUCUACGAGAAGAAAGAAUGUACAUUAUCUAGGAAAACCUUGAUAAAAAAGCAAUAUUUGAACGUAUCUGAAUUCCGUAAUGUGCUUAUGGAACUGCACAAUCCAAACAGCACAAACGGGGAAGUUUCCGAGAUUGUUGAUUUAUCGAAAAUAGUUUUAGAAGCAAUGGACUACACACAACUUUACUACACAUAUAACAUUAUAUUCUCUGGAUUGCUAGGAUUAUUGUUUUGGAUACUAUAUUUAUUCUCUUUGAUGGAAGAGGAAUUCUCUGAAGGGAAAAUAGAAUACAUCAAAACAAGGACCUUUCAACUGCUUCUUGUUUUCUACGUUAGUUCUAUCAGCCUCAUCAUUUUCUCAGAUAUAUUCUUUUUUCUAUAUUACUCGUUUCCAUUAGGUUGCUUCUAUCUCUUGAUGAGUAAUUACAAGAAAUUUCUCAGCUUUUUCUCUACAAGUUACGCCUGUCCUUCUAAGGUAUCGAUUGUUUGGUUUUGCUGUAUCUAUAUUUCGAUUAUUUUUGGUUUUCGUAAACGGGAGUAUUUUUCUUGGACUUUUCUUCUGCUGUCUCCAGUGCUCUAUAUCUUACCUGAAGGUAUUUCUCAUUCUGCCAAGACCUGGAAACAUACUUGGGCCAUCUUUUGUGCUAUAAUUUCCUAUUUUCCAUCCAUUACUUCUUACGACACUGAGGAAGAUGUGACUAUGUUGAUUGCUACUGGUGGAAUUUUGUGGCAUCUUUUUUCAUUAUAUGCUUUCAUCGAGAUCAUUAUAAUCAAGAAAGACAUCCAUUUUACUACGUUUCAAUACUCCAUAACAUUAGCUCAAACCAUUUGCUCUUUCUUAGCUCUACUUGUCCGCUUAUACAAACCUUCCAUAACUGACACCACUUUUACGUUAAUCGUAUUCAUUAAUUUAUUUUCUUUUGCGUUAAUUCCUUUUUCAAUGAAAACUACUGAGGUGAGGAUAUUGACAAUUUUUCUAGGAGUUGUUCCGUCCUUUAUCACUACGUCUUUUCCUCGAGAUACCUUGGUUUUCACUUUAUUUUCAAUGCUCCUUAUCACUUACUCAAUAGUGGAAACUAACACAACUAGUGAUACUAAACAUCUACGAUAUAUGAGAGUAUGCUUAGUUGUGAUUGGUCUAAAUCUCUUCUGUUUGAUCGGUAUUAUAAAUUUAUCGUACAUGGGUCAUCCAUUACCUUCAUGGAUAAGAUGGAGCAACUACCUCCAAAAAGAAGAAUGGCUCUUAUAUCAAAUAUAUGUAGUUAAAUUGUGGAUUCCUCUAAUUCUCACUGCUUGCGUAUUUCGAUACAUAAUUCUGAAAACUGGAAUAAAGUUGAAAACUUGCUUCCUCCUUAUAGAAAUCUUCUUCAGUACUAUGAUAUUUCAAAUCAUCCUGAGAGUUAGGAACACAGGAUCAUGGUUAGAUAUGGGGAUGAGUUUGGUGAACUUCUUUAUUGUGAAUUUCUUCGCUUUGUUCUUAGUUGCUUUCUACAUCGUUGCUCGCUUGUUGAUGACUUUUAAAUUUCCUGAAACGUUGAAAGAAAAGGUCGAAUCUUUGGAGAUUAUUGUAUAUUGAAGAUUUGAAUGACAAAAGUGUUUCGGAAGAACAAUAUAUAAUAAACGUACAAAGACUUAU